AUGACUAAGCAUGCGUCAUGUUUUCUGAUCGUCUUUUACUCUUCGCGAUUCGAAACAAAAAUCUUUUUAUACAUUCUCUAUUGCGAAGGACCAGAAUUUUGUCAGUAUUUUCCCCGACUAAUCCGACCUAGAUUCGACUCGGACACUCCAAACACUGUUUACCAAGCCCGAGGGAGCAAGUAUCAUUACUCAUCGACUGCCGUUGCAAACGACACCUAUCUCGGGCAGACUAGGACAAACGGAGUUGCUGCCCACACGAUCUCCGAGCCGUAUCAACCGCCAUCAGCACCUACAAAUUUAUCCGUGCGCGGAAAUCAAAACUUCCUAGGUGCAGAUCCUGGCAUACGUCCGUCUUUCAGACUCGGGUCUCUAGCAGAGCAGCCGUUCGUGAGAAUGAGGAUCACACAGUGGACCGCAUUCUCAGAUCAUGAUGAAAGUGGGUGGAUAUCCAUAACUGCCGUUCCCUCCGAGCCUUUAUCUACUCUGGGUCCGGAAGUCUGGCCUUAAGACUACUCUAGAGGGAAACGUCCUGGUUUGAAGCUCUCCCGGUCCGCGUUCGGCCUUAGACAGUGGACCUUCAGUGGAUGCACUUGCACCGGGAACAGACGUAGAGACCGGCCGCACCGCCCCUCCUGCAAAACUGUCAGUCAUAA